UUCAUCUUGUGCAUUAGAAAUAAUUCUUUAAUAAUAUUUUGCUAUUUGUUAGCUGAUAAUGACCAAUUUUGUCGGUUGAGUGAGUCAUUACGUAAGACGUAUAUAUAUACGUGCAAGUAAGACUACCAAGUAUAAUACAAUAAAGACCAUUGUGUGAACACAAUCUCCAGUGAAUCAACAGAAUGGUCCCCAAACGACUCUUAAGCUAUGCUAUCCCAGUAAUCUAUCGUCUCUGCGCUGUGGGAGUGAUUAUUGCCGCUUUCUUCCUCAGUUACAAAUACCUCUAUCCUGAACAGUCAAUUGAUGUGAAUAAAGUCUUAAAGUUAUUUAGAUAUCUCAAUUUCGUCACACUGGCUAUCCUAUUCGUGUACUUCGUGAUCGCCACACCACUACAAGCACUCAAACUGCUCACUAUUCAUAAAUAUCUUUAUACAAGUAUCUUUGCAUGCACCUGGACGAAUGCCGCAGUCUACUGGAUAACAUUUCUAGCCUACAGACAUGUGAUUACUGGAAUUGAAGAGCUGAAGAAUCUGCCAUUGUGGUAUAUGCAAAUCUGUUCGUCAUUUGGAGCAUUACUCAUCCUGAUCGACUUAUUCGCAUGGAGACCACAGUCUACGCGUUUAUUAAUCUCCCUCAUAGUCGCCUUCAUCCCACUGCUGAGCUAUAAUAUCUUCAUGGAGGUUUCCAUCACAGUAUACAGUUUCAGUCCUUAUCCACAAUUAGACAAAAUUUCAGCUGGUUACCGAUACCUUGUGUAUUCAAUCUCAUGGGGUUUAACUGGUAUAUUCACUCUAUUCAGUUAUGGAUUACUCCGUUUUCUACCGAAUGGAAAAAACAAGACUAACGGUUUUAAACAGACAUUAUCGCCAUCAUCAACAAUAACAUCAAAAUCAACCGAAUCAUCAUCAAGAUCAACACUGUCAUCACGAUCUCCCACAGCAUCAUUAUAUUCAUCAGCAUCCUCACAAGGUAGUGUAGAUGAACAUCAGAAAAAUGCAGAAGAAUCAGAACAGCCAUAACAUGUCUAACUGUCGUUGAAAUACUUUCGUUGCAUAAGUUUAUUAAAACACAUUUGUGUAAAAUGUAACUGUGCCACUAUUUAGCCUGAAUUUGUACAACGAUUUCAAUGCCCAAUUAUAUUUUGUCAAAUUCGAAAUCUACGUUACACCAUUAUUUUGUGAAUUUAAUUAUUUAGUUAUAUAUGUGUAAGCCAAGUUCACGUUUAACAGUGUGAAGCAAUUUGGUUAUUGGGUAUAUGAUAUUCACUGAAAUAAAAGUAUUUUUGUAUUUCCC